AUGCCAGCGCCAUCUUUGCAUGUGACACUGGAGCGGCUGGCAGGGCCGCCGCAGACGCUAAAGCUGGUGGGCUGCGAGACCGGUGGUCAGCUUCUCCAACAGUUGGAGCUCAUCGAAGACCGCACGGCGGCCGCGUCGUGGCUCUAUGGUGGCUUUCCGCUGCUGGAGGGGGAGCAGUUGAAGGGGGAGAUUACUCUGAAAGAGGUCCUACCCUGGAGAGAUUGGACGUCUUGGGAUGGAGAUGAACUCUAUCAGAGACGUUUGGAGCAGCUGGCAUCCAAGAACUCCUUGGCAGAGAGACAGCUGCGGACUACACGGAGCCGACCGCCGGAUCUGAGCCUGGUAUGUUGUGGCCAGACCGAGACAGUGUGGCUCUAUGCGAACUCUGAUCAGUUGGCACGCGGAUUUACGAGCUUCACAUGGAGACGGCUGGUCUUAGAGCUGAUGGGCCUCCAGUUCAGUGGCAACAACACUGGCAAGCUGCUUCAGCUCAAACAGACCCAGAGGGACUUGGACAGCUUGGCACAUGCAAGGCAGCAGGCCGGGAUCAUUGAUCCCAAAAGUGAGAGGCUAAAAGUUCAGUGGCCUUUUGGCGAACACUCGCGUGAGGAGGUCCAAGAGGCACUGGCCAAACGGCUUUUGGUGCUGAAAGAGGCGGCGGCAGCGGCCGACUCGAGCGCGACUCCUUCACAGCGUAGAGAGAUGGCGGACUUGCUGUGCAACCUGGGCGUGGUCCUCCUGCUGAAGGCGCCUCCCUCGCUGGAGGAUCUCCAUCGCGCUGUGCAAAUUCUCCAGCAGAGCUCUGAGCUGGAGCCGGAGGCCACGGACACGCAACACUUCCUGGAACGGGCGAAGAUUCUACUGCGCUGCUUGCAGCCAGAGGAUGCAAAAGAGGAAGAGGACGUGGAGGAUUCGGAGGAGGCCGAGGCCGACGUCGACCUCACGCGGCGCCGCCCUCUGUGGCGCGAGAACACGUUGGCACCGGACACCUCGGAGAGUCAUCGGAGUCGACAGCUGCAGCGGAUGUGGCUGAGAACAUCCACUGGGACCUGGUUGUGCAAAUUGCGGCGAGCUCCAGUGGUGAUUUCUUUAAACCCAGAUGAUGCAUCAGCACCAGAUUUGAGCCCUCGAUGUGUGGAAGCCAUGCUCCACAUUUCUUCGAUGCUUCAUGAUGAUAUUCACCAGGUAGGAUCUGGUUUGGCUGGGCUGGUUUGGUUGCUCUUGGAUUAUGGCUUGCGAUGUAAGCGUUCGACCUUCGAAUCUUUGAAGGGAGCCCUGUGCGCAUGUCCUAUGCCAAGCUGCUUGGGGAUCGUUCGGCACUUCCACUAUGACAGGUCCAACCCCGCCCGAGACUUAGAGACUCCAAUGCUUGACUCCUUGGCAUGCAUGCGCUGUGAAGGGCUCUUGGGCAGCUUCCACUAUGGUCAGGAGAUCGAAGCUUUGUGCUUCAAACAUCUUCCUCGUCCAGUGCUCAGCUUGGAAGAUCAGCUCGAGAUCCUUAACCGCCGGGCCAAGCUUCUGGAGAUGCUCAUGGGUAAACCUCCAAGGAACACCAUCUCCAAGUUGCACUUGGUCGACCUGGCCGGCUCCGAGAAGACGGGCAGCGACGAGCGGAAGCAUUUGAAGGAGAACGUCAACAUCAACAAGUCCUUGAGCGCGUUGGGCAACGUGAUCAACGCCUUGAGCUCUGCGAGCUCUGUCGCUGGUGGCGUCAGGCGAAAUGCCUUUGUGCCAUACCGGGACUCCAAGCUGACACGUGUGCUUCAGGAGAGCCUGGGCGGAAACGCCUUUUGCACGAUGAUUGCCACCAUUAGUCCAGCAGCCGUGAAUUCCGAAGAGACCUGGUCGACACUCCAGUAUGCCAAGCGCGCCAAGACCAUCCGCGUGGCGGCGACACGAAACAAAGAGAGUCAACAACGGGAAGAGCUGCAAAGGGAGGUUGAUGAACUGCGGAAGUUUGCACAAGAGGCCUCAUCAACAGAGGAGCUGGAAGCCAGGCACAAGUCAGAGAUUGAGGCCUUGGAAGCUUUCAUGAAGCAGACCUGGGAGGAGAGCACGAUGAUUGUGUGA